GUCUAAUUUAGUUCAUUAAGAUCUACAAAGUUAAAGUCAAUUCAAAUUUAAUCAAUUUAAAAGAAGGCGGAUUAAGUACACCAAAUAAAUAAAUGAAAAAAGUCGUAUGCCUUCAGUUCACUUGCAAGUUGCAAGCCGAAUUUGUAUAGGGAAUACGGAAACUCGAGAUCUAAUAUUAGCAGUUUCUCAAAACUCAAAUUGGGAAGACAAAAAAUGAUAAUCACAAGAUUUUUGCACCCUCGAGCUGCAAUACCGCUCUCAAACUCUACUCUUAAUCUCUCUUCUAAACUCCAAUCUUACCUCCCUAAUCAUGUUCAUACUCAUUUCAACAAUCAUCUUCCCGGGUCCAUUCUGAAUUUUCGGGCCCAUUUCUUCUUCUCCUCCUUACCAGAAAAUGCGAUGGCCGGGAAAGUUCAACCAGAUACUGGGAAAUCGCCGGAGACAGAGCUUCCGGUGUGUCUCCAGCGAGAGCUGAUGCCAGGACACGUGGCGCUGAUAUUGGAUGGGAAUAGGAGAUGGGCUGAGCUUAGAGGGCUUGGUUCUGAGGCGGGUCAUGAGGCUGGGCUUAAGACUUUGCUUCAAGUAAUGGGCUUGUGUGUUAAAUGGGGCAUCAAAGUUGCCACCUUUUUCUUGUUCUCGUCUGAAAAUUGGAGUCGCCCCAAAGCUGAAAUCAAGUUUGUGAUGUUGCGGUUUCAUAAGAUGUUGGUGAAUGAACGGCAUAACUUGAUUAGGCAAGGAAUAAGAAUCUCCACAAUCGGAGAUACAUCUAUGCUCUCUAUCGACUUACAGGAAGUGAUUGAAGAUGUGAAAGCAGCGACAAAGGACAACACCAAAACACAUGUAAUAUUUGCAGUUAGUUAUAGUGGGAAGAACGAUAUAGUGCAAGCAUGCAAAAACAUCAGUAUGAAAGUUCGUAAGGGCCUUAUCGAGCCUGACGAUGUGUCUGAAACUCUUAUCGAGCAGGAGCUACAAACCAAGAUCACCAUUACCCCUUCCCCUGAUUUACUCAUUCGAACUAGUGGUGAGCUGAGAAUCAGCAACUUCUUGCUCUGGCAAUUGGCCUACUCUGAACUCUACUUCACUAAAACUCUCUGGCCUGAAUUUGGAGAAUCUGAGUUCAUAGCAGCAUUACAGUCUUUUCAGACAAGAGGGAGACGUUUUGGAGGCCGAUUAUGAAUCUUCCCUUUAAAAUUAAGGAUCAUCACUAAUGCAUUUUGUACCUUAAACCUUCAGCUUAAUUAGCAAACAUUCUCAACCUUUUUCACUUUCAGAAUACAAGUGUGUACAUCAAGUUAUCAACUACUGUUUGAUUGCAAUUCCCUUCAAAUCCCCUAAUAAAGUACAUCUAAUUCCCUUCAACUUACCUAGAUAUCGGAUUAUGUAUUAACCCUCGUCUCAAACAAUAGUAGAAGCGACCUUUAUUAUCUUGUUACUUUUAUGGAAGCCUUCCAAAUGUUGUUAACCUGACAACCCACUUCUUUUUCUAUUCACUUCUUUUUUCUAAACUUAUUUUAACUUAUUUGUAUUUAUCAAAAUAUAUUUUAGUUAUGAAUUGUA